AUGAGUUUAACCAUCUUCUGGCAAGAUCUGGUACGUUUUCUCAACGAGUCCGAAUUCGCUGUGAGCCACGGUUUCCAAGUAAAAAGAGACCCGGGCAUCAUUUCUGUGCCCUUGGAAGAUUGUCACCCGCCAUCCAUGGCUUGGAUGGAUUACUUGAAACUGAUGUGGGAAAUGACGGGCCAAAAAUGGUGGCACAAAGCGGCUCCGGGUCCAUCGAUAUGGCGAGGCGAUUACCCUGCGGUGGACGGUGAAAAUGUCAUGACAUUGGUGAGAAUGGCCCAUGUGGAGCCAUCCACGUGGAAGGCCGUUAUCCAGAGGUGCAAGUCGGCCGAUAUCUCACCGCAUGCCGCGCUUUUGGCCGCUUUGGUUUUAGCGUGGGGUCAAGUGUGGCCCGGUUACGAUCUUGAAACGUCGACACCUGUCAAUGCUCGAAAGUUUUGCGAACCCGCUGUCCCGGCCAAUUGUAUGGGCAAUUACACGGGGGUGUAUGAAUCCACAUGGUCGGCAGACCAAUGUACGCAACCCUUCUGGUCAUUUGCAGAGACGUAUCACACCAAUCUUCAAGCCAAUAAGGCCAACGGCGUGAAAAAGUCUGGUUUGCUCGGUUUUUUGACAAAUUAUCCUCAAGACUAUUGUCAGUUUUGGUACGAUAAGCGAAAACAGAAUGAGUUUGGACGUACGGGCGGGGUGGAAUUAUCGGAUCUGGGUCGAGUGACGAUGAAUACCAAGACGACGGAGCGUUGGCACGUGGACAAGCUGUGGUUCUGCCAAAGUGCGCAAACGUACACAACCGCCCUCGGUGUCAACUCUGUUACCCUUGAUGGCCAUCUCUAUCUGACAUUGUGCUGGCACAAAGGCGCAGUGGAUCCCACCAAGGUAGACCGAUUUCUUCAACUGAUGGUUAACCAACUUGAACAAGUCGCCUCGGCCACCACCACCAGCGAAUAA